CAUCGGUCGUUGUUGCCUGAUCUCAGUGUAGUCUGCCAUAUUGUCUGUGGUAUACAAGAUUGAUAAAUAAUUCACUACACCACAAACAAAAAUUGUUCAUAUCGUAACGAAAUUGAAACUGCCGGGAAAUACGUGAUUCCCAGCAAUAACAGCCACCGAAAAUCAAGAAAGGGCAAAUCUCUUAUAGUCGUACGAGGAAAAAAAUACACGUGAAAACACAAAGAUAUCGAGAUGUCGGCAGGACCGUAUAAUUAUUCUUACAUAUUUAAGUACAUCAUAAUAGGUGAUAUGGGAGUGGGAAAAUCAUGCUUGCUUCAUCAGUUCACUGAAAAAAAAUUUAUGGCAGAUUGUCCCCAUACAAUUGGGGUUGAAUUUGGGACAAGAAUCAUUGAGGUUGCUGGACAAAAAAUAAAGCUUCAGAUAUGGGAUACUGCUGGUCAAGAACGAUUCAGAGCAGUAACUAGGUCAUACUAUCGUGGUGCUGCUGGGGCAUUGAUGGUAUAUGAUAUCACUCGCCGUUCUACUUAUAAUCAUUUAAGCAGUUGGCUAACAGAUACCAGGAAUCUCACAAAUCCCAGCACUGUGAUAUUCUUGAUUGGAAAUAAAUGCGAUCUCGAAGGGCAGCGUGAUGUUACUUAUGAGGAAGCUAAGCAGUUCGCCGAUGAAAAUGGCCUCAUGUUCGUAGAAGCUAGUGCUAAAACAGGACAUAAUGUAGAGGAAGCAUUCUUGGAAACUGCAAAAAAAAUAUUCCAGAGCAUACAGGAUGGCAGACUGGAUCUCAACGCUGCAGAAUCUGGAGUACAGCAUAAUCCAAGUCAACCUGGACGUACCAACUUACAAGGAGUUUCUAGUGAACAACAAGGAGGAAAAGAUUCUUGCUCCUGCUAGGCCGUAGGUUUCUGUAUAUAAGUCCACUAAUUCAUUAAUGGUAAUGAUGCAUGUAUUAUUUACAUUAACUUCAGCAAUUAGUGGUCCUGUUGGAUAUUACGUUUUUUUUUUCUACUCUCUGUUUUUCAUAAGGGAACUAUGCGAAGCACAGAAAACCAUGCCGAAUGAAAGGUUUUUUUUUUAAAUUAAUAUUAGCACGAUUAACCGUUCACACGUUAUACGCGAAUUUUUUCACACUAAGCCUGCCCUUGAAUUCUUUGUUUGAACAUUGUGUAAAAAAUGUAAAACGUAUUGUCUGGUUAAUGUGUAUAUGGGCACCACGGAGUAGCACUUAGUAGGGCCUAAUACAUUAUGCACGAUUUCUUUCCAAUCCAAUAAUAUACUGCUUAUUAAAUGAUUUUGAGAAGGUUUGGGAACUUCAACUUCAGUAUGUAUCAUCCGCGUAGAAGUAAUAUAAAAAUUGUUCAAGUUGUUACACAGAAUUCGUUGUGCGUAAGGGAAAUUUUUUUAGAUUUCGAGGAAACUUUCUACAAUAGCCACUAUAUUGUGAUAAGUAAUGAUUAACCAGAGUAGAUGAAGAAAAUAAAUAAUCACGUCAACGCUAAAUUAUAUUACUUAGCUCGGACUCAACCAUCUACGGUUAUUUUCAUUUAUACAAUGUUAUUACAAAUACUUUCUCUUGUAAAAAUAAGCUGCAGAUUUAAUGGGUGUUGACUUGAUUAGACCGUUGUGCUACAAUACCCUGUUACUUUUGUGAGACACAGGUGAAUUUACAUGUUGAUUUUAUAACUGGAGGUCAAUGCUUUGGGAAUUGGUAUAAAUUAGUUCAAAUGGUUUCAUAUUAACACAUUACAGUAAUGCUAACGUGAACUUUUUUGGUCAACUAAAAAUGGGCAUUGAUAAACAGAAGAUUUUUUGAAAAAAUAAUAACAAACCUAUUUUUAUCCUUAAACUGCAAUUCCAUAUUUCAAUCGUAGUGGAAACCAUGCAUAGCUUUGGCCUGCUGUUAUAAGUUAUUACUUGAUAACGUUCCACGUAUCAUUAGUAUAUAUAUAUAUAUAUAUAUAUAUAUAUAUUAUAUAUAUACGAUAUAUGUAUGUAUGAUCUAAAUAGAUAUUUGAUAUUAAUAGAGAGAGCGUAAGUUCUCACGAAUCUUAAACAAAAAAGAAACUAUUGAUUCUAUUUAUUAUAACGAUGAUAAUUGAUAAGUAUCAGUAUGAUUAUUAUUAUGAUAAAAAUAAAUUAUGUAAAUAAAACUUUCCUGAUAUUACAGGUAUACAUGGUAUGGUAUUA